AUGGGGGGACCUGAGAUUCCGACUCGGUUUGGUCGGCUUGACGCACACCACGCGUCCGACGGGGUCUCAUCAGCCGAUGGGCGCCUUCCGGAUGGGGACAAGGAUGCCAAUCACAUCAGGGGCAUAUUCGGCCCCAAGGGCUUCGAGGACCGUGACAUGGUCGCGCUUUCGGGUGCACACACGGUCGGGAUGUGUCAUGGCGAUCGCUCGGGCUUUGAGGGUCCGUGGACUGAUGACAAGCUCCUGUUCGACAACUCCUAUUUCAAGGACUUGCUCCAGAAGCCGUGGACGAAGGAGACGAACCGGCAUGGAAAACCACAGUACAGGUCGGGAGAAACCAUGAUGCUAACAACGGACAUGGCAUUGGUAGAAGAUCCGGCCUUCAAGCAGCACGUGGAGCGGUAUGCCGCAGACCAGAAAAGUUGGUUUGACGACUUCGCAAAGGCCUGGGUCCGGCUUCAGGAGUUCAACAGUGGUGAGUUGCGUGACAUACUGUGA